AUGUCGACUCUUCAAGAUAUUACCUCUGAAUCCGAGUUCGCUCAACAUCUCUCCUCCCUUCAUCCUUCUGCCCUUUUAGUCCUCUCAUUCCACACCCCAUGGGCGGCACCAUGCACCCAGAUGCGCACAAUCCUCAGCACUCUCGCUGCAGGAUAUCCAGUCACAUCGCCACCAACCGUCUCCUUCGUUAGCGUAAACGCCGAAGAACUUCCAGAUAUAUCUGAAGAAUACGAUGUCACUGCAGUGCCAUUCCUAGUUUUAAUCCGCGACAAGAAGGUACUCGAGUCUAUAAGCGGAAGCGAUGCAGUCAAGGUUCGCGAUGCUAUUGAGCGCCACGCCGGUAAAACUUCAUCAUCCGUGCCUGGCUCGAAAUCGACUAUCCCUCCUGCUCUUAGUGCCACCCCGCGUGAGCCCGUUGCUUCGGGCGCAGUUACAGAGACCCCCGCCAGCGCUGGUACUGCCCCUGCUAAUGCUCCACCUUCUGUCGCCGCCGCUGCUGCUGCACCAGCUACCUCGGCCGAAGAAACCAAAGAAGCUUUAUUUGCACGUCUUGCCGAACUCGUCAAAGCCGCUCCAGUCAUGCUUUUCAUGAAGGGUACACCCAGCGAACCCCAGUGCGGUUUCAGUCGCCAGCUUGUCGGAAUACUGCGAGAGAACGGAGUGAAGUAUGGAUUUUUCAAUAUUCUUGCGGAUGAAGAUGUACGCCAGGGCUUGAAGGAGUUUGCCGAUUGGCCUACGUUCCCUCAGUUAUGGGUUCAGGGCGAACUUGUUGGAGGAUUGGAUAUUGUCAAGGAGGAACUCAGCGCCGAUCCUGAUUUCUUGAAAGCUUAUGCUGUUCAAAGGCCGACUGCUACGGCAUAG